CUUCCAUCACCAAGAUGGCUGCCGACGGCUGACUGGGGCGUACUGGAAAUGCUUCCCUUGCAAACAUGAGCCGGGUGAGAGGUUCCUGGCGCGGUUUCCGGUGUGUUGUGUAGUGGGGCGCGGAGGAUGAGUGUGGCGGACAGAUAGGAGCCGGAUGCUGUGCUGAUGGAGGGGACAGGUGAGCUUUCUCCGGGAGCAGCCACCUGUACAUCCCAGAGUAACCCACAGGGCCCCGCCCAUGGUGAUGAAGAUGAUGUCGGGUCACACGGGGUCCACAGGAAGAAGCACAAGAAACACAAGAAGCACAAGAAGAAGCACCACCAGGAUGUUGGGGUCCCCGCGGGGUACUCGCAGCGCAGACACCCCGACGCCGCAGAGAAAGCGCUGCACAAGCCGCAGCUCAAGCUGAAGAUCAAGCUGGGGGGGCAGGUCCUGGGCACCAAGAGCGUCCCCACGUUUACCGUCAUCCCAGAGCAGUCGCAGUCCCCGCUGAUGGUUGUGGAUGAGGAUGAUGAGCCGUUGGAAGGAGUGCCUAUAGAGCAGUACCGAGCAUGGCUGGAUGAGGACAGUAACAUGGACCCUCUGCCCUCUCCUGCGGGGGUCCCUGAGUCUGAGCAGGAGGAGGAGACUCGCUGGCUGGAUGCGCUGGAAAGGGGAGAGCUGGAUGUGAACGGGGAACUGAAGAAGGAGACAGACGAGACUUUACUAACUGCUCGCCAGAGGGCUCUCUUGCAGAAGCAGCAGACUCCAGCGAUUCCACUCUACCCCCCGGCGGUCUAUGUGCCCCCCCCACAGGAACUGUCUCAGGAGAUGUUAGUGAAGAGAGAGGAGAAGGCUCGAAAACGGAGGCUGCAGGCAGCUAAGAAAGCUGAGGAAAGCAAGAAGCAGACUAUAGAGAGAUUGACAAAAACAUCCAAAACACGGGGUUCAAAACCCACCCCGGGGAGACGAGGCCGCCAGCCACCCUGCCCAACCAUUCGCUAUCAGCUCAAUGCACAUAGUAUUACUGUGUCCUACCCUCCCGGAGUACCCUACCCAGCCCCGGCCGAGCCUCUCCCGGCGCUGCCCGCCCCACAGGCCUGCGGUGCUCCUGGCUGUGCCAACCCAAAAAGAUACACUUGCUCUAAGACACAUGUUCCGCUGUGCAGCCUGGAGUGUUACCGCAAGAACCUGGAAAGCCGCAGCCAAACGCGCGCUGCCGCCGUAAUGGAAUAUGUGGAAGGCACAGAAGACGUUACGGAGAAAUGCGCUUCACUCGACUAUUCAUGAGAAAUCAGAACUCGGGGAAUAGAAUUGUGCGUGUGUCACAGGGGGUUAUGUAUGGAUUGUUCUGCAGGAUCCGGGAGUCAGCCUGCGUGUGUCACAGGGGUUAUGUAUGAAUUGUUCUGCAGGAUUCGGGAGUCAGCCUGCGUGUGUCACAGAGGUUAUGUAUGAAUUGUUCUGCAGGAUCCGGGAGUCAGCCUGCGUGUGUCACAGGGGGUUAUGUAUGGAUUGUUCUGCAGGAUCCGGGAGUCAGCCUGCGUGUGUCACAGGGGUUAUGUAUGAAUUGUUCUGCAGGAUCCGGGAGUCAGCCUGCGUGUGUCACAGGGGGUUAUGUAUGAAUUGUUCUGCAGGAUCCGGGAGUCAGCCUGCGUGUGUCACAGGGGUUAUGUAUGGAUUGUUCUGCAGGAUCCGGGAGUCAGCCUGCGUGUGUCACAGGGGGUUAUGUAUGAAUUGUUCUGCAGGAUCCGGGAGUCAGCCUGCGUGUGUCACAGGGGGUUAUGUAUGGAUUGUUCUGCAGGAUCCGGGAGUCAGCCUGCGUGUGUCACAGGUUAUGUAUGGAUUGUUCUGCAGGAUCCGGGAGUCAGCCUGCGUGUGUCACAGGGGUUAUGUAUGGAUUGUUCUGCAGGAUCCGGGAGUCAGCCUGCGUGUGUCACAGGGGGUUAUGUAUGGAUUGUUCUGCAGGAUCCGGGAGUCAGCCUGCGUGUGUCACAGGGGGUUAUGUAUGGAUUGUUCUGCAGGAUCCGGGAGUCAGCCUGCGUGUGUCACAGGGGGUUAUGUAUGGAUUGUUCUGCAGGAUCCGGGAGUCAGCCUGCGUGUGUCACAGGGGGUUAUGUAUGGAUUGUUCUGCAGGAUCCGGGAGUCAGCCUGCGUGUGUCACAGAGGUUAUGUAUGGAUUGUUCUGCAGGAUCCGGGAGUCAGCCUGCGUGUGUCACAGGGGUUAUGUAUGGAUUGUUCUGCAGGAUCCGGGAGUCAGCCUGCGUGUGUCACAGGGGUUAUGUAUGAAUUGUUCUGCAGGAUCCGGGAGUCAGCCUGCGUGUGUCACAGGGGUUAUGUAUGGAUUGUUCUGCAGGAUCCGGGAGUCAGCCUGCGUGUGUCACAGGGGUUAUGUAUGGAUUGUUCUGCAGGAUCCGGGAGUCAGCCUGCGUGUGUCACAGGGGUUAUGUAUGGAUUGUUCUGCAGGAUCCGGGAGUCAGCCUGCGUGUGUCACAGGGGGUUAUGUAUGGAUUGUUCUGCAGGAUCCGGGAGUCAGCCUGCGUGUGUCACAGGGGUUAUGUAUGGAUUGUUCUGCAGGAUCCGGGAGUCAGCCUGCGUGUGUCACAGGGGUUAUGUAUGGAUUGUUCUGCAGGAUCCGGGAGUCAGCCUGCGUGUGUCACAGGGGUUAUGUAUGAAUUGUUCUGCAGGAUCCGGGAGUCAGCCUGCGUGUGUCACAGGGGUUAUGUAUGAAUUGUUCUGCAGGAUCCGGGAGUCAGCCUGCGUGUGUCACAGGGGUUAUGUAUGGAUUGUUCUGCAGGAUCCGGGAGUCAGCCUGCGUGUGUCACAGGGGGUUAUGUAUGAAUUGUUCUGCAGGAUCCGGGAGUCAGCCUGCGUGUGUCACAGGGGUUAUGUAUGAAUUGUUCUGCAGGAUCCGGGAGUCAGCCUGCGUGUGUCACAGGGGUUAUGUAUGGAUUGUUCUGCAGGAUCCGGGAGUCAGCCUGCGUGUGUCACAGGGGUUAUGUAUGAAUUGUUCUGCAGGAUCCGGGAGUCAGCCUGCGUGUGUCACAGGGGUUAUGUAUGGAUUGUUCUGCAGGAUCCGGGAGUCAGCCUGCGUGUGUCACAGGGGUUAUGUAUGAAUUGUUCUGCAGGAUCCGGGAGUCAGCCUGCGUGUGUCACAGGGGGUUAUGUAUGAAUUGUUCUGCAGGAUCCGGGAGUCAGCCUGCGUGUGUUACAGGGGUUAUGUAUGAAUUGUUCUGCAGGAUCCGGGAGUCAGCCUGCGUGUGUCACAGGGGUUAUGUAUGAAUUGUUCUGCAGGAUUCGGGAGUCAGCCUGCGUGUGUCACAGAGGUUAUGUAUGAAUUGUUCUGCAGGAUCCGGGAGUCAGCCUGCGUGUGUCACAGGGGUUAUGUAUGGAUUGUUCUGCAGGAUCCGGGAGUCAGCCUGCGUGUGUCACAGGGGUUAUGUAUGAAUUGUUCUGCAGGAUCCGGGAGUCAGCCUGCGUGUGUCACAGGGGUUAUGUAUGGAUUGUUCUGCAGGAUCCGGGAGUCAGCCUGCGUGUGUCACAGGGGUUAUGUAUGGAUUGUUCUGCAGGAUCCGGGAGUCAGCCUGCGUGUGUCACAGGGGUUAUGUAUGGAUUGUUCUGCAGGAUCCGGGAGUCAGCCUGCGUGUGUCACAGGGGGUUAUGUAUGGAUUGUUCUGCAGGAUCCGGGAGUCAGCCUGCGUGUGUCACAGGGGUUAUGUAUGGAUUGUUCUGCAGGAUCCGGGAGUCAGCCUGCGUGUGUCACAGGGGUUAUGUAUGGAUUGUUCUGCAGGAUCCGGGAGUCAGCCUGCGUGUGUCACAGGGGUUAUGUAUGAAUUGUUCUGCAGGAUCCGGGAGUCAGCCUGCGUGUGUCACAGGGGUUAUGUAUGAAUUGUUCUGCAGGAUCCGGGAGUCAGCCUGCGUGUGUCACAGGGGUUAUGUAUGGAUUGUUCUGCAGGAUCCGGGAGUCAGCCUGCGUGUGUCACAGGGGGUUAUGUAUGAAUUGUUCUGCAGGAUCCGGGAGUCAGCCUGCGUGUGUCACAGGGGUUAUGUAUGAAUUGUUCUGCAGGAUCCGGGAGUCAGCCUGCGUGUGUCACAGGGGGUUAUGUAUGGAUUGUUCUGCAGGAUCCGGGAGUCAGCCUGCGUGUGUCACAGGGGUUAUGUAUGAAUUGUUCUGCAGGAUCCGGGAGUCAGCCUGCGUGUGUCACAGGGGGUUAUGUAUGAAUUGUUCUGCAGGAUCCGGGAGUCAGCCUGCGUGUGUUACAGGGGUUAUGUAUGAAUUGUUCUGCAGGAUCCGGGAGUCAGCCUGCGUGUGUCACAGGGGUUAUGUAUGAAUUGUUCUGCAGGAUCCGGGAGUCAGCCUGCGUGUGUCACAGGGGUUAUGUAUGGAUUGUUCUGCAGGAUCCGGGAGUCAGCCUGCGUGUGUCACAGGGGUUAUGUAUGAAUUGUUCUGCAGGAUCCGGGAGUCAGCCUGCGUGUGUCACAGGGGUUAUGUAUGGAUUGUUCUGCAGGAUCCGGGAGUCAGCCUGCGUGUGUCACAGGGGUUAUGUAUGGAUUGUUCUGCAGGAUCCGGGAGUCAGCCUGCGUGUGUCACAGGGGUUAUGUAUGGAUUGUUCUGCAGGAUCCGGGAGUCAGCCUGCGUGUGUCACAGGGGGUUAUGUAUGGAUUGUUCUGCAGGAUCCGGGAGUCAGCCUGCGUGUGUCACAGGGGUUAUGUAUGGAUUGUUCUGCAGGAUCCGGGAGUCAGCCUGCGUGUGUCACAGGGGUUAUGUAUGGAUUGUUCUGCAGGAUCCGGGAGUCAGCCUGCGUGUGUCACAGGGGUUAUGUAUGAAUUGUUCUGCAGGAUCCGGGAGUCAGCCUGCGUGUGUCACAGGGGUUAUGUAUGAAUUGUUCUGCAGGAUCCGGGAGUCAGCCUGCGUGUGUCACAGGGGUUAUGUAUGGAUUGUUCUGCAGGAUCCGGGAGUCAGCCUGCGUGUGUCACAGGGGGUUAUGUAUGAAUUGUUCUGCAGGAUCCGGGAGUCAGCCUGCGUGUGUCACAGGGGUUAUGUAUGAAUUGUUCUGCAGGAUCCGGGAGUCAGCCUGCGUGUGUCACAGGGGGUUAUGUAUGGAUUGUUCUGCAGGAUCCGGGAGUCAGCCUGCGUGUGUCACAGGGGUUAUGUAUGAAUUGUUCUGCAGGAUCCGGGAGUCAGCCUGCGUGUGUCACAGGGGGUUAUGUAUGAAUUGUUCUGCAGGAUCCGGGAGUCAGCCUGCGUGUGUUACAGGGGUUAUGUAUGAAUUGUUCUGCAGGAUCCGGGAGUCAGCCUGCGUGUGUCACAGGGGUUAUGUAUGAAUUGUUCUGCAGGAUUCGGGAGUCAGCCUGCGUGUGUCACAGAGGUUAUGUAUGAAUUGUUCUGCAGGAUCCGGGAGUCAGCCUGCGUGUGUCACAGAGGUUAUGUAUGGAUUGUUCUGCAGGAUCCGGGAGUCAGCCUGCGUGUGUCACAGGGGGUUAUGUAUGAAUUGUUCUGCAGGAUCCGGGAGUCAGCCUGCGUGUGUCACAGGGGUUAUGUAUGGAUUGUUCUGCAGGAUCCGGGAGUCAGCCUGCGUGUGUCACAGGGGGUUAUGUAUGGAUUGUUCUGCAGGAUCCGGGAGUCAGCCUGCGUGUGUCACAGGGGUUAUGUAUGAAUUGUUCUGCAGGAUCCAGGAGUCAGCCUACGUGUGUCACAGAGGUUAUGUAUGAAUUGUUCUGCAGGAUCCGGGAGUCAGCCUGCGUGUGUCACAGGGGUUAUGUAUGAAUUGUUCUGCAGGAUCCGGGAGUCAGCCUGCGUGUGUCACAGAGGGUUAUGUAUGAAUUGUUCUGCAGGAUCCGGGAGUCAGCCUGCGUGUGUCACAGGGGGUUAUGUAUGAAUUGUUCUGCAGGAUCCGGGAGUCAGCCUGCGUGUGUCACAGGGGUUAUGUAUGAAUUGUUCUGCAGGAUCCGGGAGUCAGCCUGCGUGUGUCACAGGGGUUAUGUAUGAAUUGUUCUGCAGGAUCCGGGAGUCAGCCUGCGUGUGUCACAGGGGGUUAUGUAUGAAUUGUUCUGCAGGAUCCGGGAGUCAGCCUGCGUGUGUCACAGGGGUUAUGUAUGGAUUGUUCUGCAGGAUCCGGGAGUCAGCCUGCGUGUGUCACAGGGGUUAUGUAUGGAUUGUUCUGCAGGAUCCGGGAGUCAGCCUGCGUGUGUCACAGGGGUUAUGUAUGGAUUGUUCUGCAGGAUCCGGGAGUCAGCCUGCGUGUGUCAGAGUCAGCCUGCGUGUGUCACAGGGGUUAUGUAUGGAUUGUUCUGCAGGAUCCGGGAGUCAGCCUGCGUGUGUCACAGAGGGUUAUGUAUGAAUUGUUCUGCAGGAUCCGGGAGUCAGCCUGCGUGUGUCACAGGGGUUAUGUAUGAAUUGUUCUGCAGGAUCCGGGAGUCAGCCUGCGUGUGUCACAGGGGUUAUGUAUGAAUUGUUCUGCAGGAUCCGGGAGUCAGCCUGCGUGUGUCACAGGGGUUAUGUAUGAAUUGUUCUGCAGGAUCCGGGAGUCAGCCUGCGUGUGUCACAGGGGGUUAUGUAUGAAUUGUUCUGCAGGAUCCGGGAGUCAGCCUGCGUGUGUCACAGGGGUUAUGUAUGGAUUGUUCUGCAGGAUCCGGGAGUCAGCCUGCGUGUGUCACAGAGGUUAUGUAUUAAUUGUUCUGCAGGAUCCGGGAGUCAGCCUGCGUGUGUCACAGGGGUUAUGUAUGAAUUGUUCUGCAGGAUCCGGGAGUCAGCCUGCGUGUGUCACAGGGGUUAUGUAUGAAUUGUCCUGCAGGAUCCGGGAGUCAGCCUGCGUGUGUCACAGGGGGUUAUGUAUGAAUUGUUCUGCAGGAUCCGGGAGUCAGCCUGCGUGUGUCACAGAGGGUUAUGUAUGAAUUGUUCUGCAGGAUCCGGGAGUCAGCCUGCGUGUGUCACAGAGGUUAUGUAUGAAUUGUUCUGCAGGAUCCGGGAGUCAGCCUGCGUGUGUCACAGGGGGUUAUGUAUGAAUUGUUCUGCAGGAUCCGGGAGUCAGCCUGCGUGUGUCACAGAGGGUUAUGUAUGAAUUGUUCUGCAGGAUCCGGGAGUCAGCCUGCGUGUGUCACAGGGGUUAUGUAUGAAUUGUUCUGCAGGAUCCGGGAGUCAGCCUGCGUGUGUCACAGAGGGUUAUGUAUGGAUUGUUCUGCAGGAUCCGGGAGUCAGCCUGCGUGUGUCACAGGGGUUAUGUAUGGAUUGUUCUGCAGGAUCCGGGAGUCAGCCUGCGUGUGUCACAGGGGUUAUGUAUGGAUUGUUCUGCAGGAUCCGGGAGUCAGCCUGCGUGUGUCACAGGGGUUAUGUAUGGAUUGUUCUGCAGGAUCCGGGAGUCAGCCUGCGUGUGUCACAGGGGUUAUGUAUGAAUUGUUCUGCAGGAUCCGGGAGUCAGCCUGCGUGUGUCACAGAGGGUUAUGUAUGGAUUGUUCUGCAGGAUCCGGGAGUCAGCCUGCGUGUGUCACAGAGGGUUAUGUAUGGAUUGUUCUGCAGGAUCCGGGAGUCAGCCUGCGUGUGUCACAGGGGUUAUGUAUGAAUUGUUCUGCAGGAUCCGGGAGUCAGCCUGCGUGUGUCACAGAGGGUUAUGGGGGGUUAUUCAGAGUUGUUAGCAAACCAAAACAGCAAGCUACUGGACAAAACCAUGUGCACUGCAGGUGGGGUAGAUGUAACAUGUGCAGAGAGAAUUAGAUUUGGGUGGGUUAUAUUUUUUCUGUGCAGGGUAAAUACUGGCUGCUUAAUUUUUACACUGCAGUUUAGAUUUCAGUUUGAACACACCCCACCCAGAUCUAACUCUCUCUGCACGUUACAUCUGCCCCACCUGCAGUGCACAUGGUUUUGUCCAGUUGCUGGCUGUUUUGGUUUGCUCACAAAUCUGAAUAAGGCCUUAUGUACGGAUUGUUCUGCUGCAAUAUCCGGGAGUCACCCCACCUGUGUCGGGAAGAUACUUUCCGCUCUGUCUUAUCUAGAACAUAGUGGCAUAGUAUCGGUGGCAUAGUGUUGUGACUGCCCCUGGCACAAAAAGUUGGCAUUGUUGGCUUCAGCUGUCCUAUGUAUGGAGUGGUGGAAGGCAUGAUCCUGCUUUCUGCACCAUAGUGAGGAGGUCAGUGUACAGCAGACCUGACCUUUACUCUGCACUGUACACGGGGCGUUGUAGCUGUAGGUGGACGGUUUCACUCUUCUGUAAAGCUGCUUCUCUGAUAAUGAUGAUGGUAGUGGAGGGAACAAUCUCCUCUGGGAGUGGCCAUGAUUUAUACUCUGCUGUGAUUGUCUGUAAUAAAGUGAUAUAUUGGCUGACUAAGAAGGUAAAAGUUGGACCUUACCGUGUGGCAAGUAGUCCAGGUAAGUUGCUGAGGCAGAAGAAGACAUGGUAGGCAGUAGAGCACAACCAAUCGACUGAGGGGACUAAGAACUCAUCUGCGGACCGUGCACGUUGGGCCAGGGAUUCGGCGGGCUGGAAGUGUGAUACGGGAAUGGACGUCUCCGUCUCAUCCUCCUGUAGACAGUCUGAGGGCGCUCUCGUCACUGUUCUACCAUGGGUCUCGGGGCAUCAUGUAACACGUUACUAGAAUGCGUAGACGCAGAAGACAAACAUUGUCUGUGGGGCGGUCUCAUAUCAAAUAAUGUCAGAUUUAAAACAUAUUAAUGUGCACCUUAAAAUACUGGUUCAACAUGUGUAUAAAAUCGUAUUAAAUCAAGUUUGGACGUUA